AUGAAGUUGGAUACGAGGGCCAUGCGCCAUCUGGCGUCAGAAGACUGGAGGGUUCUUACUGCUGUUGAAAUGGGCAGCAAAAAUCACGAAAUUGUGCCAACGCCAUUGAUAGAAAAGCUUUCCCGACUGCGAGGUGGAGCCAACGGUGUGCACAGAAGCAUCUCAGCACUCGCCAAAGUUGGCCUCAUCGCCAGAGUAAAAGAAGCCAAGUAUGAUGGAUACCGUUUGACGUAUGGAGGUCUAGAUUAUCUCGCUUUGCAUACCCAUGCCACUCGCAAAGACCUCUAUAGCGUCGGAAGCAGAAUUGGUGUUGGAAAGGAGAGCGAUAUCAUGAUAGUCGCAGACCACACAGGCGCCCAGCGAGUCCUGAAAAUCCACCGAUUGGGGAGAAUAUCGUUCCGAACUGUGAAAUCCAACCGCGAUUAUCUCAAGAAUCGAGCGUCUGGGUCGUGGAUGUAUCUUUCUAGGCUGGCAGCCAUGAAGGAAUUUGCAUUUAUGAAGGCAUUACAUGAAGAAGGAUUCCCGGUGCCGGUUCCCCUGGCACAGUCUCGCCACACAAUUGUCAUGACACUAGUGGACGCUUUCCCUCUCCGUCAGAUCUCCGAUGUACCAGAUCCGGCGUCUCUCUACGCCGACUUGAUCGCCCUCAUACUACGAUUUGCUAGUCAUGGAUUGAUUCACGGGGAUUUCAAUGAAUUCAAUAUUCUUGUUAAAGAGGAGAAGGUCGUAUCAGACGAUGGUGAAGAGUCGGUCAAGCUCGAGCCAGUCGUCAUUGAUUUUCCACAAAUGGUAUCCAUGGAGCAUCAGAACGCCGAAAUGUACUUCGACAGAGAUGUUGAGUGCAUCAAAAGAUUCUUCUCAAGAAGAUUUCACUUCACCAGCACUACCCCUGGGCCGUUCUAUAAAGAUUCAAAAAAGAAACUGGCCAAAGGUGGCUUCAAGAGAUUGGAUGCGACGGUAGAGGCAUCCGGCUUCACUAAAAAGAUGUUGAAAGAUCUUGAAGCGGCAAUAAAAGAUCAGGUGGCAUCUAGAGGAGAGGAUGGGGAGCUGGAUGACGACGACGACGACGACGAGGAAGAAGAUGAUGAUGAGGAGGAGGAUGAUGGAUCCGAGCAAGAUGAUGAUGAGAAAGCUGGCGGUGGUAUUUUAGGAUCCCAAAGCCAUCAAGACGACCUCAACGACGAUGCUAAGGCAGUUGACGAGGGGACGUCCAGUGCUGAUGCCCAGGAGAGCAUGUCCAAACUAACAUUAUAG